AAUAAUAAUAAUACAUGUAACCUAUUUUAGCCUGGAGGUACGUUUUGGUGUGUAUGCAAACUUUUUUUUUGCUUUAUCAUUUUGCAUAUUUAGUGCUAUUUUGUUCAUAGAGCCAGCAUUACUAUAAUGCACAUGUGCUGUGUUUUAUAAAUGGAAAUACCCAACUUUAAAAUAUUUAUGAACUAUAUAGAAAACCGCAUAGUUCCAUAAAUGUUUCGUAUAACGACCUUAAGACUAUAAAAGUUUCUACAUUUUGACCCAGUUGUAAAUGCUUAGCCUGAAGAACGAGGUCAUUUCACUCGUGGCUAUAAAUAGGUAUAAACUGGUACAUGUGUAUAAAGCACGAUUGAAGGUGGUUUCAAGUCACGUUAUAGUUGAUAUCGACCGGUUGAAACUUAAGGUUUUUGAGGUCACUGGAAGUCUACCUCUCUGUUAUAACUCUGCCAUUUACGUUGACUAAAAACGACAAGAGGUAAGGAGAUUGUAGAAAGUUGUUUCAGAAAUGGAUCGCUGGGCAGGACGUGUUGCCUUGGUAACAGGAGCAUCAAAGGGGAUGGGAGAAGCCAUUGCUCGGUCUCUUGUUAAGAAUGGUAUGGUGGUGGUUGGAUGUGCCAGACACGUGGAAGGAAUGCAGAAAGCAGCCACGGGACUUGAGGGCGAAAAGGGUCGUUUGAUUCCAAUGAAGUGCGACCUUACCAAAACAGAAGAGAUCGAGUCCAUGUUUCAAAAGAUCAAGGAACAGUUGGGCGGUGUCGACGUAUGCGUUAACAACGCUGGAGUCAACUUCUACCAGGAUUGCAAGACAGGUCCUUUAUCUGAUACCAAGACAUUGUAUGAUGUGAAUGUAUUCGCUGUCAUCACCGUUUCCCAGCUGACCAUUCAGUCCAUACAAGAAAGGAACAGGGAUGACGGGCACAUUAUCAACAUCAGCAGUGUGUGUGGAAGCACGGUCCAUGCAGACGUCCCAUGUCACAUGUAUACCCCAACAAAGCAAGCUCUGAACGCUUUCACAGAGGGCCUACGACACGAGCUGAGAAAGGAGAAAACGAAAAUUAGGACGACGGUCAUUAGCCCUGCAUUGGUCGACACUCCGCUCGUGAGAGGGUUAUUUGAUGCCAGCUUCUUCUGCCCAGAAUAUAGUCUUCAACCGGACGAUGUCGCUGCCGCCGUGACCUUUGCCCUCAGUGCCCCGCCAUGUGUCAACGUCCGCCAUAUUUGCCUCCACGCCAUCCACGACUCGUUAUAGUCCGGGACAACUGCCGCCUUUGCCCAUCUGCCAAGUUCACGCCUUUUACAGUCAUCAAAUUCAGUUUGUUAAACUAUUCUCCAGAACAUUUAUGUUAUUUAAAGCUUUUCUGUAAUUAGAAAUCCAUACCGUGCAUUUUCU